GGGGCCGGAUCUCCGAGGAGCGGACCCGCGGAGCUGCCGGGAAGAUGCUUUCUUGUCCCCCCAGAGACAGUUGCUGCUUUAGCCCCAGACCUGUCUGACUUUAGUGGAGAGAUCAUGACUGAAGUCCUCUUUUCAGCUGUUUUGAAUGCGACUGAAACCAACAUUCUGUCAAACACUGGCUGGAUUCUGGGAAAUGCCACUACCAAAUGUUCCCUAACCAAAACCGGCUUCCAGUUCUAUUACCUGCCCACUGUCUACAUUCUAGUCUUUAUCUCUGGAUUCCUGGGCAAUAGUGUGGCGAUCUGGAUGUUUGUCUUCCACAUGAGGCCUUGGAGUGGCAUCUCAGUUUACAUGUUUAAUCUGGCAUUAGCUGAUUUCUUGUAUGUCUUGACACUCCCUGCCCUCAUCUUUUAUUACUUCAAUAAAACUGACUGGAUCUUCGGAGAUAUCAUGUGCAAACUGCAAAGGUUCAUCUUCCAUGUGAACCUGUAUGGCAGCAUUUUGUUUCUGACUUGCAUCAGUGUGCACAGAUACACAGGGGUAGUGUAUCCUUUGAAAUCACUUGGGAGACUGAAGAAAAAGAAUGCUGUUUACAUCAGUACCCUUGUUUGGGUCAUUGUUGUAGCUGGGAUUUCUCCUAUAUUGUUCUACUCUGGAACUGGGCUAAGGAAAAAUAAAACCAUUACAUGUUAUGAUACUACAUCUGAUGAUUAUCUGAGAAGUUACUUCAUUUACAGCAUGUGCACCACUGUGUUUAUAUUCUGCAUCCCAUUUAUAUUGAUUCUUGGUUGUUACGGACUAAUAGUGAAAGCUUUGAUUUACAAGGAUUUGGACAAUUCUCCUCUUAGGAGAAAAUCAAUUUACCUGGUUAUUAUUGUGUUGAUGGUCUUUGCCGUGUCUUAUCUUCCCUUUCAUGUGAUGAAGACAUUGAAUCUAAGAGCCAGACUGGAUUUUCAGACUCCACAAAUGUGUGCCUUCAAUGACAAAGUAUAUGCCACUUACCAAGUGACAAGGGGGUUAGCUAGUCUCAACAGCUGUGUAGAUCCUAUUCUGUAUUUUUUGGCAGGUGAUACCUUUAGAAGUAGACUUUCAAGGGCAACCAGAAAAGCGUCUAGAAGAAGUGAGCUCAAUGUGCAAUCAAAAAGCGAGGAAGUGACUCUCAAUAUUUUAGCAGAAUAUAAAGUGAAUGGAGACACGAGUUUGUGAAUGCAAAAGAUUUGCAAGCAGUUGCAAAAAACAAAACAAAAAACUGUCCGUUUUUAACACAGUAAGAUGCUCUAGUGCCAUGACUGUUUGGGGAAAAUCUACUGAACCGGCCAGCAACCUUGCUCUUUUUGUGUCGGGGAGUGUCUCACUUUGUGAGUUUAAGGUGAACUUAAGCAAAGUAAGUGUAAAAAAAAAAAAAAUUAAUCGUAAAGGGGGGGAAACGCAUCAGAUUUCUGUUUUUACCUUUUUUUAAAAAAAUGCUCACAAUAGUAUAUCUUUCUGAUUGGGGACAGAUAAAAUAAGACAAAGCAAAGCCCAUAGAGGAAAUAAUAGUUUCAAAUGUGCUGCUGUUAUUAAUUCAUUUCUCUCCAUUAAUAACAAC